CGUUGUGACGAAACAAUACAGGGUAGUGAUAUGAUCACAGGUUUCACUUACCAACUUCCGGAAUGGAAGAAUGGUGUUCUAAUUCAUCAUGCGGUUCCUAUUGUGGAUGAUGACAGCUUGAAUGUGCUCUUCGAUUUUAUGGCACAAAACCCUUGUUGUUUGGGUGCUGCAGUACAUGCUUGGAUUAGUCAGGGUGAAAAUGAGACAUGGAGUAUGCCAUCUGAUCACGAGUAUGAUGACGAGGAGGAGGAGGAGGAGGAGGACGAGGAAGAGGAAGAGGAAGAGCCUAAUGGUCCUCGAGAUUAUUUCUUGCAGGGUAAUGAAGAGGAUGAUGAAUUAUCAUAUGUUGAUUCAUAUAACAUAAUUCCAAUGCCUAUUGUUGCUGAUUUCGAAGUAGAAUUCUACAAGGGGCAAAUAUACUACUCCAAACAAGCUGCACAUAUGGCGAUUAAAUAUCACGCACAAGAACGCAACUUUCAGUAUGUCGUGGUGGAGUCAUUACCUUCAAUCUGGAAGGUCAAAUGUUUGAAGCACAAGGAUGAAAAUUGUGCUUGGAUGGUGCGGUUUGGAUGUCAAGAUGUUGGAAGCGAAUGGAUUGUGAGAAAGUCCAAUUUGAUGCAUUCUUGUAGCAGUACGACUCAACCGACGGAUCGUCGCCAUCUUGAUGUCGACGUUAUAUCUGAGUCCGUGAAACAUUUGGUACGUGCCCAACCAAAUCUGAGUGUUCUAACUAUGCAAGCUGAGUUGAAAGAUAAGUUUCAUAUGGAAGUUACUUACAAGAAGGCUUGGUAUGAGAAACAAAAAGCAUUAGAGAAGUUGCAUGGAAAUUGGGAAGAAUCCUACGAUUAUUUGCAAACUUUCUUGCAGGUGGUAAAGAGAAAAAUGCCAACAUCAGUGAUUGAUUGGGUAAGAAUUCCUUCAUCACAGCUAGGUCAUAUGAUCUUUCUCCGAGUAUUUUGGGCAUUUGGACCUUGUAUAGAUGGAUUCAAAAAUUGUCCAGGAGUCAUGGUUGUUGAUGGAACAUUUCUUACUGGAAAGUAUAAAGGAGUGCUACUCAUGGCAUGCUCAUUUGAUGGUCGGAAGAAGAUUUUUCCAAUUGCAUUUGCCAUAGUGGAGAGUGAGAAUACUGAUAGUUGGUCAUGGUUCAUAAGACGCCUUCAAGAUUUGACCGAUCGAAAUGAUGUAUGCAUUAUCUCAAAUAGACAUGCGAGACUCUGUGAAGAUAUGAGUGACAUCGGAAGAGCUUGGGAGUGGAGGUGGUGCAUGCGACACUAUGCAAGCAACUUGCAAAGAAAGACUAAAAGCAAGAUUAUGUAUAAUCAACUUGUUCGAGUCGCCAAAGAAAAACGUUUGGAGAAGUUCGAUCGUCAAGUUGAGCAAUUUAAGAAGAUGGCCGUUGAUAGAAAUGUCGCAUGCAGUAACUGGGUGGACCAAAAUCAAAUCCGUUGGAGCUUAGCAUGUGAUAACCAUAAUGGUGGGCGUCGAUGGUCUAUCAUGACAUCCAACAUGUCAGAGAGCAUCAAUAGUGUUUUCAAAGGUAUUCGUUCACUUCCUGUAGCUUCUCUUGUGCAACAUACUUAUUGGCGAUUAUUGGAGAAAUUCGAUAAGAUGAGGUUGGAGACAGAAGCAGAAAUCAGAAGUGGUCAUUCACAGUACACCAAGACAUGCGAAGAUCUUAUCAAAGGAUGGGCACAAAAGGCAGUUGGACAUUCUGUCACGGGGGUUGAUCGACGUCAAGGCAUCUAUGUAGUUCGGACUCCUCCCAAUAAUUCCAACAUGACUGGUUCAAACAUACUCACAGUGCACUUCGACAACAACAAUCGGGUGGGGUUUUGCACGUGUGGAAAAUUCCAAGGACAUAAAAUUCCUUGCUCUCAUGCCAUUGCAGUUUGCAACCGAAUGGGUGUUAACCCGUAUAGGUUUGUAAAUGACAUCUACAAGCUUGAAAGAGUAUUGGCUUGUUAUGGGACAAGUUUCACACCUCUUGAUGAACCUAAGGGUUGGAAGAAGCACAAUGGCUCUACACUCCAUCCCAAUGUGUACAUGAUUAGGAAUCCGGGGAGACCACGAUCAACAAGAAUUCACAACGAGAUGGAUUGUCCUAGAGAGGGUGUAGCUCAACAAGUGUGUAGGAACUGUAACCAAUCUGGACAUAAUGCAUCAACUUGUGGUGGCCAACCAAGUGGCAGUGGGAGCCAACGAAGAGGAAGUGGUGGCCAAUGACAUGCAAGAGGUAGUAGAAGAGGAAGUAGUGGCAACAGAAUUGGCUAGUAGUUUGGUGGAACUUUUAUUUGUUGUUAGAACUUUUAUCGAAUGUCGUAGUUGUUGGAACUUUUGAACGAUGUAGUAGUUGUUAUUGUUUGAAAUAGUUACUUGAACUUUUAUCAAAAGUAGUAGUUGUUGUUUGUUGUUUUUAUAGUUCAAGUUUCCACUUUAGUCAAUAGUAUCAUACAUGACAAUAAUAGUACCAUAAUACAUUACGAAACGAUAAAUAGUCCAUAAUAGUAUCAUAAUACACCACGAAAUGAAUAAUUAACCAUAGAAGUCCAUAAUAGUAUCAUAAUACAUUACAAGGAAAAAAUAACCACAAAAGUCCAUAGUAGUAACAUAAUACAUCACAAGUUAAAAU